ACAAUACCGUGCGACGCAGCGCGCAUGCGCACAACACUACCCAACCAGUGUCGACCCCAGCCAUCUAUUAUGCUUCUUCGCAAUAAAAGCUACCCGAAAAUCUGCAAGGAAAACGCUACCGGAGCCGCUUGGAGUGAAAUGUGCUGACACUCAGGUCCUGAGAUGGGAUGUGCGUGUCGAGGUGGGACUAAGGAGCAGCAAGAGGAUCAUUGUAACUGAGCUAAGAGACGUACAGACGUCAUUCAAGCAACUUCUUCCCCUUAACUGAGCAGUAUGUCGGUAGUCACAUCCCCUGCCCAGGUGCCUCCACCUGUUGCGAACCCUCCCCUUCCUGAGGUCACGAACCCCAGUAAGCCUGGCCGAAAAACCAACCAGCUACAAUAUAUGCAGAAUGUGGUUGUGAAGACUCUAUGGAAGCAUCAGUUUGCAUGGCCCUUUUACACACCUGUGGAUGCCAUCAAAUUGAAUCUGCCAGACUACAAUAAAAUUAUCAAGAAUCCAAUGGACAUGGGAACCAUAAAGAAGCGACUUGAGAAUAAUUACUAUUGGACUGCUGGAGAAUGCAUGCAGGAUUUUAACACUAUGUUCACAAACUGUUAUAUCUAUAACAAGCCCACAGAUGACAUUGUUCUCAUGGCUCAAGCCUUGGAAAAGAUUUUCCUCCAAAAGGUAGCUCAGAUGCCCCAGGAGGAGGUGGAACUUUUACCCCCACCACCGAAGGGUAAAGCACGGAAACCUGGAGCACCCCCUGCUUCAGAAAACCAACAAUCAACAGCACUGACUACUGGUUCACCAUCCUCGUCAUGUCCGAGCUCCCCUCCUCAGCUGGCUCAGACUCCUGUAAUAGCUGCGACUCCAGUCUCGACCAUCACCUCCAAUGUCCAAGCUGUGCCCCCUGCCACGUCCAUGAUCCCAACUGCACAGCCUGUUGUCAAAAAGAAAGGGGUGAAGCGGAAAGCAGACACUACCACACCCACAACCUGCGUGAUCACUGCCAGCAGAAGUGAGUCACCCACUGCGAUGUUGGAGUCCAAACACAGUAAAGUCAUUUCCAGACGAGAGAGCACAGGUCGACCCAUCAAACCUCCCAAAAAGGACCUGGAAGAUGGGGAUGUCCAACAACAAGGCAACAAGAAAAGCAAGCUCAAUGAUCAUCUCAAAUACUCUGACACUAUCCUUAAAGAGAUGCUUUCCAAGAAGCAUGCGGCCUACGCCUGGCCCUUCUACAAGCCUGUAGAUGCAGAGGCCCUCGAGCUGCAUGACUAUCACGAAAUCAUCAAGCAACCAAUGGACCUCAGCACUGUCAAAAAAAAGAUGGAUAGUCGAGAAUACCAAGACGCCCAAAGUUUUGCAGCAGAUAUUCGGUUAAUGUUCUCAAAUUGUUACAAAUACAACCCACCCGAUCACGAGGUCGUUGCCAUGGCAAGAAAACUCCAGGAUGUGUUUGAGAUGAAAUUCGCCAAGAUGCCCGAUGAACCCGCAGAGCCGUCCUCGCCCAGUGCGGUAUCAGCCACGGCAGUGGUGAGCAAGAGCACCGGCAGCAGCGAGAGCAGCGCCGACUCUUCCAGCUCCAGCUCCGACUCGGAGGAGGAACGGGCCACUCGGCUGGCUGAGCUGCAGGAACAGCAAUUCGCUGUGGAGCACCCCAAUGGUAACAGGGCGGGGACAAAAAACGGGUGUGCCAAACAUUUUCAGCUGAAGGCUGUUCAUGAACAGCUAGCCGCUCUGUCACAGGGUCCUGUGAGCAAACCAAAGAAAAAGAAAGAGAAGAAGAAAAAAGACAAAGAGAAGGACAAAGACAAAAACAAGGUCAAGGUGGAAGAUGACAAAAAGGCCAAGUCCUCACAACCGAACAAGCAAACUCAGCAGAAGAAGACCUCUGCGCGGAAACCCAACAGCACAUCCACCACGAGGCAACCGAAAAAGGGGGGCAAACCUGGCUCUGCAAACUACGAGUCUGACGAGGAGGAGUCUCUUCCCAUGUCUUAUGAUGAGAAGCGGCAGCUCAGCCUGGACAUCAACCGUUUGCCGGGUGAGAAACUGGGCCGCGUGGUCCACAUCAUCCAGUCGCGUGAGCCCUCGCUACGAGACUCCAACCCAGACGAGAUCGAGAUCGACUUUGAAACGCUCAAGCCUUCCACGUUGCGUGAGCUCGAACGAUACGUCAAGUCGUGUUUACAGAAAAAGCAACGCAAACCUUUACCGGGCACUGGGAAAAAGAGUGCCAAGUCUAAAGAGGAACUGGUUCAGGAAAAGAAGAAAGAGUUAGAAAAGAGGCUACAGGACGUGAGCGGACAGCUGAACAACAACAAGAAACCACCCAAAAAAGCAGAGAAGGCGGGGUCAGCGCAGGGGGGCGGGCCAUCUCGGCUGAGUGGCAGCAGCAGUUCUUCAGAUUCGGGCAGCAGCAGCUCCAGCGGCUCCAGCUCCGAGAGCAGUGACUCAGACUGAACAAUCGGCGCGUCACAUACUUCAACCUCCUCUAUUUUCUAACGAGUAGUGUGUGUUGUCAUGAUAGUAUCUCUCUGAAGGCCCAUUUUAUAAAGAGCUAGACGCAUUGCAGAUGGCAGAGGAUAUUUUAAAAUAGUUUGUAGGAUGCUCUUGGCUCAGACAAAGAGGAGAGUUGGAAUAGUUCAAGCAGUUUUAAGGUUCUCGCUGGCCCUCAAAGGGAAACGCCUGGUAUCACCAGAGGAAAAAAAAAAAGACAAAAAAGAUAUUUUUUUGAAAAUACGUCGGUUGUGGAGGUGAAACGGUUGUGUGUGUCCGUUGCUUUUUUUUCUUCUUUUUUAGGUUGCUGCUCGUUAGAUCCAUACUGAAAACAUGCGUUAGUGGAAAAACUGACAAAUGCCUGGCUGCAUUUUACUGAUCGAGUAGCUACACAAAGUCUGAAGGAACAAACAAUGAAUUAUCGGCUCUCACUCCGGUGUGGUUCUGUCAUGUUGGCAUGACUUUUCAGCUCAUUCCACAUUUCUUUUGCUGACUAUGAUAAUACUCGUCAUUGUUACCAUUUUUAAGAGAAUCUAUUUAUUUUUUUUAAUCCAAAAAGGCACAAAGUUAUGUGUUUUCAACAGAAAUGUUUCCAGUUGACCAGUUUAAAUGUAAGAAAUUUGGCUCAACAUAACUCACUAGUACUCUAGGCCGCAUCUGGAAACUGUCAGUAUCAUUAUUAAACCGUUUUUAGAGACUUCGCAAUCAUUUUUGGCUAUUUCAAAACUGUACAUUUUCUCUUCCGGUGCCGUCAGCUCAGUAUUUGAUGUAGAAUUAUGUCUGAAUUUUUAAUCUAUAUCAUACGCUCAUUUGUUUGUUUUCUAUUUGGAUUGUCUUCUACUUUUUUUUUACUAUUAAUUUGUAGGCGCCCUGAGUAUCUCAUUUCCUACUUUCUAUCUGAUAUGCCUCAUCUUUACGAAGUCCACUCAUAGGACAAUCAAAGUUGUGAUUUAAGUUCAGUAUAUAAGAAAUGGGGGGUAUAUUUUUCAAAAAUGAUUGCAAAAAUACAUUCAGAAAUUUAAAAACGCCCAUAAGGCUGCAGAUUGGAAUGAAUCAGCCUCUAUGAAACUCCUCCAUGGGAAACCCAAGUGCAUACUAGCUCUAUUGGACAAAUAGCCACUUAGAGGAGAUCUCCGUUAAGAAAAGACGUUAAGUUCUCUUUGACAAGAUAUCAAGCAGCUGUGCUAGAUGUCAUUUCAGAAGGAUGUGUGUUUGACAAUAGUUACUUUUAGUUGAAAGUAUUACAACUAAUGUAUGUUCUCAAUUUUAAUAACUUUAUUUUACUUUAGUUUUUCUUCAAAUGGUGUAUUGAAUGCUUUCAAUGGUACCUAGACACUUCUUGCCAUGUAUCCAGAAUAGUUUGGAAAUGGACCAUGACUGAUAAUCUUUAUAAAAAAUAUGAAUGUAUUACGAGGUUAUUUUUUCAUUUUCUUCUUGUGGCUGCAGCAAUGCCACUCAUUCACUGGGUUUGUAGCACUGGCAAGGUUUUAUUUCAUUUAACAGCCUUGAAUUCAACUCUGAACCCUUCAAAAUCAUUGGAUGUGCUCUUGUUGCCUUAAGUUUAGUUGGCACAUUAAAAUAAAGUCAGAUUGGUCCGGUGUAACUGA